AUGGCAGCGUGUUGUCCAAACCCAGGCAAAGCUUUGGAGGUCUCAAAGCUAGCCGGUGGGAAAAAAGAGAAAGGUGGGAACAAACGGAAGAAAUACUCAAAGGAAACACUUCAACUCGCAGUGAGGAAGGUAGUGGAUGAAAAUUGGUUAGUGUACAAGUCUGCAAAAAAAUUUUUCAUCCCAUGGAGCACCUUGAAAGACUACAUAACACGCUGUGAAGGAGACAGUGACAGUGUGGAUGUGAGAAAAGUGGGGAGAUCGUUUGCUCUAGGCCCAGCAACUGAAACUUCGUUAGUGAAAUUUGUCAUUAAUAUGCAGGAGCUUGGGUUUGGUUUGACGGUCAGUCGAAUCAGGCACAUAGCAUACUCCCUUGCUGAGAAGGAGUGUGCUUCAAACAACAAACCGUUUCCAUUCAGCGACAAGAAAAAAUGUGCCAGUUGGAAGUGGUGGCGUGAGUUUCGUCGCAGAUACAAUUUAGGCCUAAGAACACCCGAAAAUUUGUCCCAAUAUCGGGCAAACAAUUCUAAUAGGGUGUUACUCAAUGAUUUCUACGACAAACUCUCUGAGGUUUAUGGAAAGUUUCCAGAAGGCAUCAAACCUCUACAAAUUUGGAACUGCGACGAAACGGGGCUGUGCUACGUUGUGAAGUCUGGACGAGUUGUUACAAGAAUAGGCAAGAGGUUCGUCUAUAAUCGAGUAAUUGCUGACAAGGCUGAAACUCACACCGUUUUACCUUGCAUCAAUGCCGCAGGUGAAUUUGGACCUACUCUAUUGAUCUUCAAAGGCGCUAGAAUGAUUGAUGGUUUGAAAAUUGGGGCGCUUCCAAAUGUAACAGUUGCAGUGUCUCAGAGUGGCUGGAUAAACUCAGAGUUAUUUCUGAUGUGGUUUCAAAAAUUUGUCCAGGGGAUUUCCUCAGCAAGGCCUGUGGUGCUAUUAAUGGAUUCACAUGCGAGUCACAUAACUCCUGAAGUCAUUGCAAUGGCUUCAGAGAAUGAUAUCAUAAUUGUAACAUUUCCAAGCCACACAAGUCAUUUGCUACAGCCUUUGGAUGUAGCAGUAUACCGGCCUUUGAAAUUGGCUUGGCAGAAACACCUGAGGCAGUUUCAAGAAGGUAAUCCGAUGAGAAGACCAGGAAGAUUCGAUUUCCAUGGGAUGUUCAGUCCCGCUUUUCUGGAAGCAUUCAGCAGAGAAAAUAUCAUUUUUGCAUUCUGCAAGGCUGGUGUUUUCCCACUAAACAAGAUGAAAAUUCCUGAUGAAGCCCUGACAACAAACGUGGAUAACAGGUGUAUGGAUGAAAAUUCCCUGAAAGUCAGCAAUGCACCUGCUACAAAGGAAGGCAUCGAUGAUGUGUUAAAACUACCUGAUUUUACAGCACGUGCUCCAAAACCUGCAAGGAAGAGACGUGAUCCAUCAGCUGCAGUUCAUCUUCCAGGGGAGAAAUCAUGUGGUAAUACUUCCACCGCCAGUACCAGUUCCAGUACUAGUGACACUACCAAAUCCUGUGUCAGUGCCAGUACCAGCAGUUUGGUUAAAGCCAAAAAGAACACCAAUAAGAGCAAAGGUGAAGCUGAAGAUGAAUGGUUCUGCCCCAACUGUAAUGAAAGUUACUACAAAGGACAUAACAAGAGCCCAUGGAUCCAAUGUUGUUUUUGUUUAAAUUGGUAUCAUGAAAGUUGCCAGGCAGUUGACUCAAAAAAUCCACCAACAGUGUUCAUGUGUAGUGUAUGUGCACGUAAUGAAGAAAAUGAGAGUGACGGUGAUUAA